AUGCGAAAAGACUUCGACGAGACGCCACCUACACUCAUCCUCCGUAUCUCAUCACUCAUCCGCACACGGAGAAACUUUGCGCGCUUCGCAAUGGAUAACCAUGAGGGCAGCGAUGUCUCGCAAGGCGGCAAUAUCUCGACUACUAGUUCCAUCUCUUCUCGGAUCGAUAAGGAAGAGGCUCAUGCGCAUUCUCGAGUACCGGCUCUCGAUAACCCAGAGACAUGGGCCGCAAUGACCGACGUCGCCCUUCGUCACAUCUGCCGGGUACGGACGCCUUAUACGCACCGGGAAGAUCUGGAGGGAGCAGAGCUCAAAUGGCCCGAAGACCUACCUCGCUCCGACGCCGCCAGGUCUGACACACCCGUGCCAACACACCGUCUUGUUCUGGUCAAUGAGGAUGUCCACAUCCCAGCACAUUCUCGCCACCCAACUACGGCGCCAUACAUCCUGCAGGCGAUCUCUGAGUUCUACCCUGCUCUUGCCGACCGUCCGUCCCAGACCUACGCUCCGUACUCGCGCAGGUGGAGGUGCCCGCACACACAAUGCCCCUAUUCCGAAGAUCUCGUCAGCUUAUCUCCUGCGGCCGGGGAGGCUGUAUGUCGGAUAGCAGCCACCGCACCAGACUCCAAUUUUCUCGCAGACGACGUUGCCUCUGAGUUUGUAAGUCUCGUUGACGGACGGUACCGCGCCCGUCGCGAGUUUGCCCGGGACGUUGUGGACAUCAUUGGCCUGCGUCACUACGAAGUUCAUUUGCGCGAUAUAGGCCUACGCUGCUGGAUCCGCGGCCAGGCCCCUGAUGGUUUUAUCUCCUUCAUGUGGGAGCCUGUUGAUCUAGCCGCAAUACUACGUUCCAGUUCAAUCGAUGGUGUGCGGGCGCGCCGGCAUGAGGAAUGCGCGCGUCAGCGUCUACAGCUUGCGCUGUCCGUACAAGCUCGUAGAUGGGCUCACGAGACACGCUUCUGGGAGUAUGGAGGGCUCACUGUACUCCGGAACAAUGCUCGCAGCAUGCAGUAUGACUUCGUCAGGGCGCUCGCGCUGCCGCUUGUACCGAUCGGCGUCGAGGAGCGCUACAGUCAACUUCGCACGUUAAGCACAGAUCAGUCUGCUGCUAUAUUGGCCGCCGGUCGAAAGCUUCAUAGAGAACUUUACGACUCUAUGAGUAACCGCCAACUCGAAUACGAGGCGCUCACGCGCCGCUUAGCGCUCGCGGAGGAGGAGAUACAGAACUGGGAGCGCGGCGACGGAUGGCUUCUAACGCAAGAUAAUGGUGAUGGCCCAGAGCUGCAUGCUGCUCUUGAAUUUUUGACGUAG